AUGGGUUAUGCACUGUGGCUUGUCCCAUCCCAGGACGAGGAAGAAGCGCUCAGAGAGCUGAUGCGAUACCGCCCUCCGGGAAGCUACCUACCUCGCCAUUCCCGCUCGUAUCCCAUGGUUCAUCCGCAUAUCACCCUCGCCACCUUCGACAUACUUCCGCACAGCUUCCAUCUUCGCGACAUCGUGCCCCAGGAAGGCCGCGUCAAGACGUACUACCGCGAUCUGAAGCCCGGAAACACCUACUUGGGCGCACUCUCGGUCCAGAUAAGUCUCAGUGCCAAUCUCCAGCGUCUACACCAGAGCAUCGUUACUGGACUCGACGAACAGCGCAUUCAGUGGAAGAGCCAUGGCUUCCCGCAUAUGUCACUGUUCUAUGUCGACGAGGCAUCCGAACGCGAGCGCCUGUGGCGUGGGACGCAAGGCUGCGACAAGCAGCGCGGGCAGUACAGCGGCUCACGGGAUCGAGCGUAUGGCUAG